AUGCGUGAAAUCAACGGCGGGACUACACGUAAUAAAAUGGAAAACUCACAUGAAAAUGUUGAGGCAUUUGGAUGGGCAGCUAGAGAUACUUCUGGGGUACUUUCUCCUUUCAACUUCUCAAGAAGGGUGACUGGAGAUACAGAUGUGCAAUUCAAAGUUAUGUAUUGUGGAAUUUGUCAUUCUGAUCUUCAUCAACUCAAGAAUGAAUGGAGCAAUAGUAUAUAUCCAUUGGUACCAGGGCAUGAAGUUGUUGGUGUAGUAAUUGAGGUUGGUAGCAAAGUUGAGAAAUUCAAAAUUGGUGACAAAGUUGGAGUUGGAUGUUUAGUAGGAUCAUGUAGAGAAUGUGAAAAUUGUGACAAUGAUCUCGAAAGUUACUGUCCCGAUAUGAUAUUGACGUACAAUGGUGUUGACAUCGAUGGAACCACCACGUAUGGUGGUUACUCCGAUAUAAUGGUAAUGAAUGAGCACUACGUGGUCCAUUGGCUCGAAAAUUUACCAAUGGAAGCAGCUCCCCUGUUAUGUGCAAGGAUCACAACUUAUAGUCCUUUGAGAUAUUACGGACUAGAUAAACCUGGAAUGCACAUUGGUGUUGUUGGUCUUGGUGGUCUUGGACAUAUGGCUGUGAAAUUUGCUAAGGCGUUCGGAACCAAAGUUACUGUGAUAAGUACAUAUGUUAGUAAGAAAGACGAAGCAAUUGAUCCUUUAGGGGCAAUCCAGAUUUUUUUUUAA